GUCACACAUCCCACCUAUACAUAUACUUUUCCGUCAUCUAUACAUAUAUCAUCACACAUCUCUCACCACCAAAUCAAUCCUUAAUCAUCAUCCAUGGCGUUAGAAUGGGUGGUUUUAGGCUACGCAGCAGCAGCAGAAGCCGUAAUGAUCCUCCUCUUAACUCUCCCCGGCCUCGGCUCACUCCGAAAAGGCCUCAUUUCCGUCACCACAUCUCUCUUAAAACCGUUUUUAUCCAUCGUUCCUUUUUGUCUAUUUUUACUGGCGGAUAUUUACUGGAAAUAUGAAACCAGACCUACUUGUGAAGACUCUAACUGUUCUCCUUCUGAACACUUACGUCAUCAGAAAUCCAUCAUGAAAAGCCAGCGUAACGCUCUUCUGAUUGCCUCAGCGCUUGUUUUUUACUGGAUUUUGUAUUCUGUUACUAAGAUGCUUGUGAAAGUUGAUCAACUUAAUCAGAGGAUUGAGAGGUUGAAGAAUAAGGAGUGAGUGAGGUAUUUGUUUCUAGAUCUGGAUCUGGAUCUGAAUCUGAAUCUGAUUUUAUUUAAUUAGGUUUUUUUUUUUAGUUUUUGUUAUCAGAGGAUUUAUAUAUCUAUAUCUAUAUCUAUUGGCUAUUGUUGUUGAAUAUUUGUUUUGAUUUGAGGAUCAGGACUAGUACCUUUUUUAAAUGAAUGAUCUCCAGGCGAUUUAAUUA